CAUUUGAUUUGAGCGUUUCAUUCCCCUAAGUUCGUUUUAGAGAAUUGUGGGUUUUCUUCAGAAUGUGUUUUUUCUUAAAAAAAAAUACAUGUUUUCACACUCUUAUGUUGUUUUGUUGUUAUCCCUUUAAUUUGUUCUGCUUAGCUGUGAAAUCUGUGUGAGGAUUAGGAGGUUUCUGAAAUGAUAAAGUUAAGUUAUUACUCACCUAGAAAUGAGCUUGGGAAUGCGCAUGACUGAUUGUGGUACUAUGGUGUGCUGGGAUGUCCUUCGCGCCCCUAAAAAUAUUUUUUUGUUUUCUGAUUUGCUUUGAAAAAUAAUGAUGAAAUCACUCGAUUUUUAUGUUAGUAAUGUUUUAAAAUAAUAGAAUUACAGUUGAUUUAUCCGCUGAUUUUUUUAACUUCCUUUCUCUUUUUGGUUGUGAAUUUAAAAGAAUAUCUGUUGGAUAAUGCCAUGAAAGUAAGAGUUAGAACUGGUUUGGUACUGCGUGUCAUCAGUGAAGUGGGUUUAUAGACAAGGUAAAGAAAAGCUUAUGCUUUUAAUCUAACAUUUGUUGAGUUCUUUAAAGCAGUAGCUAGCCAUUUAGUUUUAAGUAGUUUGCUAGAGGUAUUCUGAGAAGUGAAAACCUUCCUUGAGAGGCUGAUUCUUUCAUAUAGGUUGAAGAAAAAUUACACAAUUCUAGACUAUUACAGGUUUAUGGAAUUAAACAGUUAUAUUUUUGUAUGCAUUUGGUGUAUAUGCACAAAGCUAUAAGCUAUUACAAAAUUUUAAAUACAAAAUAAUGUUAGAGAAAGACUAUUAUUUGCUUCAAUUUAUGUAGUCUUAACAUAUACAAUAUGCUAAUACUUUUAUUUGGGCAAUGCUUAAUAUUGGAAUAAUAUAUAUUUGUCUGCCCUUCAUUUCUAUAUUGUCAUCUGCUGCAGUUAUUGAUUUCUUAUCCAUAACAUUGCAGCUUUCAUCUUGAAUUUGAGACAUCAAUCUGCGCUGUGCUAUUUGGAAAGUUCACACCUAUUUUACUUACUGGUUGACUUUUUGUGAUAGAGAUCUGUGUACCACUGCAGAUUCUCCCAUGGAUCUUGUGCAUUUGAAUAAUGUUGCUCGAGUAACAACAUCCUGAUUGAAGAAUUCCUUUGACAGGUGGAAUAUUAAAUGGUUGUUUGGGUUUGAAGUUUAUUUUUGAAAUCAGGAGUUCCCUGCAUCGUAAAAACACUUCAAGUGUCCCUGUUUGCUUUUCAAAUUGUUGUCAGAUGUCAGAAACUGACUUGGCAGUUAUUAAACCCGAGAUGAUGAAGCCUUAUGUCUGGCUUCAGACUUCAGAUGAUUCAAUCCAACAAGUGGAACAAGAAAUUGCAAUGUUUUGCCCACUUAUAUGUCAAGAAAUAAUACAAAAAGGCAUGGGAUCUUCCAAGAACUGUGCAAUAUGUCUUCCUCAACAAGUCAGUCCUGCCAUGUUGAGCUUAAUUCUUGAUUAUUGUCGUUUUCAUCAAGUACCAGGCCGGUCAAACAAGGAACGUAAAUCUUAUGAUGAGAAAUUUGUUAGGAUAGACACAGAGAGGCUUUGUGAGUUGACAUCUGCUGCAGACAGCCUUCAGUUAAAACCGUUAGUCGAUCUAACCAGCCGUGCACUUGCUCGAAUAAUUGAAGGGAAGACGCCAGAGGAGAUACGUGAUAUAUUUCAUUUGCCAGAUGAUCUUACAGAGGUGUCUGGUGCUUGUGAGAACUCUGAAGAAAAGCUGGAGCCAUUGAGAAAUAUAACUGCUGACCCAAGGAUCAGGCUUUUGAACCGUUUGUAUGCAAAAAAGAGAAAAGAACUAAAAGAGCGUGAAAGGUUAAAGAAUGUUGAGGUUGAAGAAGAACAUGUGGAUGAUCGUUCAGUUGAUGACUUGUUGUCUUUUAUCAAUGGAAAUGAUGGAGAUCCAAAGGGAGUUAAAACUUCAAAGAAUAAAAAGAAGAAUAGGAGGAAAAAAGAGCAACAGAAGAAUUCUUCUUUGAAGGAGGCAUCUGAACUGAACAAGAAGGAGGUAAAUGGUCAUGAUAUCAGACACCAAAGUUCUGAAGCUGAGAUAAUUAGUGAGACCUCGUAUUUACACUAUGCAGAAGAUGAUGCUUUUACUUCUAAGCCUGAGUUUGAUGAUGGUGAUAUAGAUGAUGAGAUUGAUCCCGCUUUAAAGGAAAAAAUUGACAGUAACCAGAGAGCAAAGGAAUCUAUAACAAAGGUGUUGCUUGACUGAGACACAGCUCUUAGUCAAUUGAAAUUUCAUUUGCAGCAUGCCUAGCAAACUAUUAAGUAUGCAAAGUCAGGCCCCAAAGGCAGCAAUUUUUUGUUUGCCGCAACUGUCCCAAGCUAUUCCCGCAGUACUCUGCCCCCUUCCAGAUGGUGUCCUGCAUUGGAAAUGUGGCCUAUAAGUUCCAGUUACCUCCAUCAGCUCAAAUUCAUUCCAUAUUCCAUGUUUCUCAGCUUAAAAAGUCCUUGAGAAGUGGUUUUUGCUGACUGUUUUUUGAACCCCAACUACUGGAGAUUGAUGAAGUGGAACCUCCCACCCCUGAGGCUAUCUUAGCAACUAGAGAGAUUUGAAGCCAUGGAUCCAGUGGUGGAAUGGCUGAUCUUUUGGCGGUCCCUGCCAGUGGAGGAAGCACCAAGGGAGCUUGCUACUUCCAUUCAAAAUAAAUUUCCCACUUUCUGCCUCGAGGACAAGGCAUAUUUUAGAAAGGGUGGUAUUUAUUGGAAUGGGCACAAUUCGGAGAAGUCUUUUGGAGUUAGAGGAGAAGAAUUCUGUUACAGGGGGCAAAUGAUUGAUUGGAGUCCAAAGAUCUCCUGUGACUUGGGGGAGCUUUGCUCCUAUUCAUCUUUGUAUUUUCCUUUUCUUUUCGAAUACAAAUGAUUCCUCCUCUGUUAGGAAUUAUCAUAAGAGAGUGAAACCUAUGAUUUCUAAACACUAUUGGCAAUGUUUAUGACACUCUUUAUUUA